AUGGCCAAGGGAACACGCACUGCCGUCCGCACAGAGCGGGCUCCCCUCCCACCUCCCUUCCUGUCCCAGGGACUCAUCGUUGGCGACAUAGUCUACUGCUCCGGGCAGGUCGGCGCAGAUCCCAGCACUGGCAAAUUGGUUGCAGGGAGUAUCCAGGACCGAACGCGACAAAUCCUCCAAAACCUAAAUGCCGUCCUCGAAGCCGGCGGAUCCAGCCUGCACGACGCAAUCAAAGUCAACAUCUUCCUCACGGACAUGGCCAAUUUCCCCGCCGUGAAUAGCGUCUACGAGACCUUUUUCGGGGAUCCGAAACCCGUGCGGACCUGCGUGAGCGUCAAGUCCUUGCCGAUGGGAACUGACGUGGAGAUCGAGUGCUCUGGACUGAUUACACAGAGUACUGGUGGCAAAGGCCGGAGUUCUAGACUAUGA